CUAGAAACUAAUCAAAAACUUAAGCAAAAUAUCAGUUCUCUAUCAGCUUGCACAGAUACACCCUAUCAAAUUUCUUAGAUAGUCAUAUUGUUCCAGCGAUGUCCAGAUUGCCUAGAGGGUUUGGCCGCUUCCUGCCUCCGUGGUUGAAACUCAACAACGAACUGAGCCAGAAGAUAGCUGUAUUCGAUGCCAUGACCAUUGAGCGAGAGGAGCUAGAUCGCGAUAUCAGUCUAUUGCGCAAGCAGCAGGCUGAUACUGAAGAUCGUCUGGCCGAGGACCUGGCCGAGGACGAGUUCCAGAGUAUCCUGAGUGGACAGCAAGUCAUGGAGCAGAGUUAUACAGACCUCGAAAAUAUUUGUAAACAACAAAUUGGAUGCAUUGUCGAUAAGUUGGUUGCUAAAUAUGAGCGUAUUGUGUACCUCGAUAGCGACCUAAGGAAGCUUAAGCAAUCUAUCGAGAAUGGUGUUGCUGCGGCCAAUGCGCAGGUGACAGCAGCGGCGUCCAUGUGAUUUAAUGGAGAAAUAUUAAACCAAAUAUUCAUAUCUGUGCGCGAUAGGCCAGAAAAGCUGCCUCCAAUUAACCAGCAAUUCGGACCACAAUUUUUGGAGGACAGGUCAUAUUCUGUUUCUUGUUAAAUAUAUACUUGAUUUAAUUGAUACCACCGAUGGCGUCAUAAAAAAUAAAUAAAUAACUGCAGUUUGGAUUUGAAUCC